CAAAUGGGGAUGUCCCGGAGGUGGAAAUUAUCAGCCUGCUGCAGGAGCAGCUCCCACACUACACCCUGCGCGCGGACACCAUGUUUGGAUAUAAACAUGAUGACUGGCUGCACACUCCUCUGCUGCCCCCAGACGUUCCUCUUCGCCUCACCCCAGAACAGAUAGAGGAGACCCUAAAGUAUUUCCUCCUCUGUUCUGAACGAGUUGGCAAAGUGACCAAGACCUAUCGAGAUAUAGAUGCUGUCACCAGCCUGCUAGAGGAGAAAGAGAGAGACCUAGAGUUGGCUGCGUGUAUUGGACAGUCUCUUUUGAAGCAGAAUCGAGAAUUGACAGCGAAGAAUGAGUUUCUGGAGGAAGAGUUGGAGGCUACAAAAGAAGAGGUCUGUCAGCUACGGCAUGAAAUCUCAAUGCGGGAAGAUCUUCUCCAUCUGUACACCAGCAAUACAGAGAGUGACCCAGUGUCUGCAGCCACAACACCGCUGCGUAGGAAUAAGUCCUCCUUUUGUCUUCAGUACAUCCAGCUAGAUACCCUCCAAGAGAAGCUCAAGAGUCUGGAGGAUAACAACCAGAAGAUGCGAGACGAGGCCAAUCAUAUCCUUAAAGCAACCAAUGACUAUGAGGACCAGGAGGGUUAUCUGAUGCUGGAUUGUGUGAAUCAAUUCUCUGAGGCCAGCAGGCAGGUGGCGCUGUUGGCAGAUGAAUUGACACGACGGGGAGAAGAUGCCACCCGACAGCAGGAGGAAAUCAGUCAGCUCUUGGCACAGAUAGUUCAUCUGCAGCACAAGUGUCGCAGCACCGCCAACGAGAAUGAAGAGCUGCAGCAACAUCUUGCUGCGGUGAAGGAACAAGUGCGCUUAUUAAAAACAGAAUUACAGGAUUUGCAGGAGAAACACAGAGAGUGUCAGGACAUGCUGCACGAAGCCCAGGAAGAAUUGAAGAACCAGCGAAACCGGAGUCUGCCCAACAGCACCAUCAGCAGAUACAGCACUUUGAACAUAUUUCCUUUGGAUUCUUUGGCCGCAGAGAUUGAAGGGACUAUGAGAAAAGGGAUUGAUGCUUCUUCAGAGCUAAAGAGCUACAAGCGAGUGUUUGAGACUGUGAAAGCUGCGAACCAAGUGGUGAGGGCCAGAUCUCGCUGUCAGUCCCCGCAGAACAUCCCCGGUUCUCGAGCUCCCUCUCAGAAGCCAUCUGCUGCACCAAGUCGUGUCGGGACUCCGCCAUUGAGUUUGUACGAAUCAGAGGGUGCCAGCAUGAUGCAGUUAGAGGAGGAGACUCUGUUACCUGGAGAAGAGAAUUCUUUUUCUGUUGUUGGAGAGAAGAAGCUGGGAAUGCCUGGUACACCUGGAGGCCAUGACCUUGCAGCAGCUCUACAGAGACUCAGUACUCAGCAAGGAUCCCACUCUCCAGAUAGCCUUUAUGAAGAGAGAGAACACAAGCUACAGCGACAUGAUGACAUCUCCAGUGGUUUCCUUACUCCCAACGAUAGUGUCCUAUCCACUGGAACAAAUUACUCUGGAAUGUCUGAGGCCACUGGUAGCUCUAGUUUGUCCUUGGGAUCAAGAUCCUAUCUACCUGAAAGACUACAGAUCGUCAAGCCAUUGGAAGGUUCUGCAACCCUAAUGCAUUGGCAACAGUUGGCAAAGCCCAACUUGGGUGGCAUUCUGGAUCCUCGACCCGGUGUUCUCACCAAAGAUUUCCAGGAGCUGGACAUUGAUUUAGAGGAUGUCUACAAUCUCAAUGACUUUGAGGAGGAUGACAUGGAACCUAUCUCCUUCCAUGCUAUGGCUACAUCCACUCCAACCAAAAAUAGGGCAGAAAAGAAUUUGUUCCGUUCCGUUAACAACCUUCCCCAGACUCCAUCUACGUACACUAUAACCACAUGUCGCAUGUCGAACCCUCUGCAGGAUAUUACACAGGUCACAUCCAGUCUUCGUAAUACAGUUCUUUCCUCGUGUGGAAGCUUUGAGAGCCUAAGUUCCCUUGAACUUCACAUGGAGACACCAGUGACCUCUGUCCCAGCAAGCCAUGACCAACCCAACUCUGGACGUAACACUCCUUUGGGACUAGUUACCCUUUUAAAAGAACAUGGUAUAUCUGCCACCUCUGAUGCCAACAACAAAGCCUCAACUGAAGGUGAAACUAAGCUGCCUGCUGCCAUUGCACGUCCUCCUAUCUUUCAGUUGGGUUGGAUUAGAACUUUAAGAGGUCUUGGAUUUGAAAGAACCAUUGUGGAUGAAGCUUCAGUGAAUAAGCCCCCAGACUCUGCUCCUGCCCAGAAAGGCAUCUUCAGCAUUAACCUGGUAGAACAGUUGCGACGACUUGGCUUAAAUCGCGUGGCGGAGAGGGGCAUUGUCUCUUUUCAAAAGACAACAGAGAUCACGAAUCCUCCUGACUAAUUUCAAACAAGUCAACUGGCCAUUUAGGCCACAAAACAAACAAAACUUGACAGACAUAAUUUUGCACUGAUUUAAUUUGUUUUCAAGAUAUCUAUGGGUACAAUAUGGUAUGUGAGGUUCACACAGCUUUGUUGAUACCUUGUUAAUAUGUAUGUUCUACUUGUAAGAAAUGUAUGGUAUAAGCGUGAAGAUUUCAUUAUCGUUCAUUUAAUAAUUUAAUCACAUCACUCCUUGCGUGUUAGAAUGAAGAUAUCAGAUUGUGUGUCUUUAUCCAAAACAAAUUGCUAUAUUAAUAUAAUUGGUUGAGCAGCCUAACUAUUAUUACAUUAUGACACAGAUAAUAGAUUGACAUUUAGAAUUCUAGAUUUAAAGUUGUUAGUGGCCUUCAUUCUGUAGAACCCCUGACACAUUUGGAAGUAUGCGCCUUUCAAUUAAAUGUAUAGUUUUAAUCAGGAACCCUAAUGAACUACGGGGUAAAUGACCAAAUUCAAAUUUUAA